CGCGAUAACCUAAUCGAUUCUAUCAAAUUGAAUUUGCACAUGCUCGUGGCAAUUUAAACUCGGUUAGGCUUUAUACAGUGAAUCGAUGUCAGUUUAUCGGUCAAAAUCAUUCGUGAAACGCUGAUCUACUCGAGUAAUUAAGAAAGUGGUGUGUUGUGAAAUUGCGCAGGAGUAUUGUUGUUGUUUCGUAACACGUAACCAAAGCAAAGUUGUCAGUUGCGAUUGAACUGUGAAAAAGUCAGUUAUGUUAUAUUACAUGUUCUUGAUACACGCAAUCGUAUUAAUAAAUAUUGUACCGCUUGUGUUUGGUGUUCAGCAAGGAAAAUGUGACCAAAUGCCACCGCAAGCUAAAGUGUUUACUCCCAGCAAAAAUAAAGGCAUAUAUAAAUUGACUAUAGAAACUAAUCAACAAACACCUUUUUUGUAUAUGCCGGAUCAAACUUAUGUUGUUACACUCCGAUCACUAAACAACGCCAAGCCAUUCAGGUUAUUCAUGAUAACCGCUGAGGAUCCAAAUGUGGACAGCACUCAUGACCUUGGCCCUAACCCAGUAGAUGUAGGGAGCCUCAAGACCUUGGAUACGGAGAUUGGCAGGAAAUCCAGAUACAGUGAAAGGUGUUAUAGUUCUGUUGAGAAUACAGAUAGCUCCGACAAGUAUAGGAUUGAGAUCCAUUGGAUAUCCCCGAAGCAAAGUUACGUAUCACAAAAAGUCCGUCUACGUGCUAUGGUGGCUGAAAACGAAGAAGUAUGGUACACCGGAGGGGAUGAUCUGAUUGUCAUGAUGGAAAAAGACAGUCACCCACCUCUAGAUAGUCCCCCGUAUCCGGCUUCUCAAACUUGUGAAUUAUGCAGUGAAGCCCGAUAUGAGGUUAUUUUUCAAGGCCAUUGGUCCAGGUUAAAACAUCCGUAUCAUUAUCCAAGCAAACCUGAUGAAAACGGCUACAGUCACAUGGUUGGUGCUUCCCACGCCUAUAACUACAUCAUGUGGAAACAGGGACUUAAGGCGACUAACGGCUUGAAGCUGCUCGCUGAACAAGCUAACGUUACAGAAAUGGAGAGAGAAAUCAUCAAUGCGAUGUCAAAGGAUAAUGGAACACGAACUCUCAUUAGAGGAAAGCGGCGUCACCAUCCUUACAUGACGGAACCGUCAAUGGCAUUAUUCCGGGCAGAUAGAAUACAUCACUUAUUCUCCAUUGCGGUUGCAAUGAGACCAUCACCGGAUUGGUUUUUGGGUACAUCAAGGUUUGAACUGUGCACGAAGGCCGGCUGGUUGGAGAACUACGAAAUACCUUUGUUUCCAUGGGAUGCUGGAACGAUGGAUGGAGUUUCUUAUGAGUCAGCACCGACAAUGACCCAACCUGUAGACGUGGUUAAGCGAGUCGAAGUGGGUUCCUUCAAUAGGGAAUCUCCGUUCUAUCAGAAGAAUUUGAAAGAUUUGGCACCUUUCGCUACUCUUCAAGUCAAAAGAUUGGACGUGUACCAUAUACCAGAAGAGGAAUGUAAUGAGAAUCAGGAAGAUAAUUCGGAAGGAGCCGAGCAAGAAAUGGAUUACUCCGAAGAAAUGGAAGCCCAAGACGAACCUCAAACGGCCGAGUCGAAGCCCCAGGGGACGUGUAGUCUCAGUGUGUGGAGUGAUUGGUCCCCAUGUGUUCCCAAUGAUGGGAUCUGUGGCAGGGGAUUGCAAUCAAGAAAGCGUAGUGAUAACGGAAAUACUCAAGACAGCUACAAUACUCAAUCUCUACAGAACGGUUCACCAAGCAAUUGUAAUGAAGAUGCUGCGAUGGUACAAAAUAGACAUUGUUCUGUUAAUUGCUAGUCAGUAUGAGUUAUUUAUGUUUACGAAUAGUUAUGUACAUUAUUAUGUUUCAUAAAUAUCUAUAAAGACACAUGAGUAGAGUUCGUUAGAUUAUUGUCUAUGAUGUGGUCAGUUAUAUAAUAAUAACACAAUUAUGCUUAUUAUUUUUUAGUAGUAUAAGAUAUGUAGGUUCUACUACAAUGCAAUGAUGGGUAUAUAUACAGGUAUAUAUGGGUAUAUAUAAAUAAAAU